UUUUUCUACCCACUCUAGUAACUUUUUCUUCAACUGGGCUCUUUCCCUUAGGGUCUCUGGCCCUGUUCUUGUCCCAGCAUGACUUUUAUCGGGGCGCCGUUGUGGAAGUCUCAGGCAGGAACCCUGCCCCCAUGGAGAGCAUCCCUCUGGUGACUCCAACCCUGCCACCAUGAAUGGGGUCUUGAUCCCCCAUACGCCCAUCGCAGUGGACUUCUGGAGCCUGCGCCGGGCUGGCACCGCACGGCUCUUCUUCUUGUCUCACAUGCACUCGGACCACACCGUGGGCCUGUCUAGCACCUGGGCCCGGCCCCUCUACUGCUCCCCAAUUACAGCCCACCUCUUGCAUCGUCACCUACAGGUAUCUAAGCAAUGGAUCCGAGCCCUGGAGGUUGGUGAGAGCCAUGUAUUGCCCCUAGAUGAAAUUGGACGAGAGACCAUGACAGUAACCCUCAUCGAUGCCAAUCACUGUCCUGGUUCAGUCAUGUUUCUCUUUGAAGGAUAUUUUGGAACCAUCCUCUAUACAGGUGAUUUUCGAUAUACACCAUCCAUGCUGAAGGAGCCAGCUCUGACACUGGGGAAGCAGAUCCAUACUUUAUACCUAGACAACACCAAUUGCAACCCAGCCCUGGUUCUUCCUUCCCGACAAGAAGCUGCCCACCAGAUCAUCCAGCUCAUUCGAAAGCACCCACAACAUAACAUAAAGAUUGGACUUUACAGCCUAGGAAAGGAAUCACUGCUGGAGCAGCUGGCCCUGGAAUUUCAGACCUGGGUAGUAUUGAGUCCUCGGCGCCUGGAGUUGGUACAGCUACUGGGCCUGGCAGAUGUGUUCACAGUGGAAGAGAACGCUGGCCGUAUCCAUGCCGUGGACCAUAUGGAGAUCUGCUAUUCCAACAUGCUGCAUUGGAACCAGACCCACCCUACCAUUGGUAUCCUUCCCACAAGCCGAAAAAUCCGCAGCUCCCACCCCGAUAUCCACGUCAUCCCUUACUCUGACCAUUCCUCCUACUCUGAGCUUCGUGCCUUUGUUGCAGCACUGAAGCCUUGCCAGGUGGUGCCCAUCGUCAGUCGACAGCCAUGUGGAGGCUUUCAGGACAGUCUGAGCCCCAGGGUCUCCGUGCCCCUAAUUCCAGACUCUGUACAGCAGUACAUGAGUUCUUCUUCUAGAAAACCAAGCUUUCUCUGGCUGUUAGAAAGGAGGCCAAAGAGGCAGAGGAGGCCAAAGAGGCAGAGAACCCAGGGUGUUGUAUUUGAAUCCCCUGAGAAAAGUGCUGAGCAGUCUCAAGCUGACAGAGACUUGAAGGCCAAGAAAGAGAAACUUUCUCCCCGGCCUGUGCAUCUUGAAAAGCAGCCCUCCCACCAUCCUUUGCAGAUGAAGAAGCAGUUGUUCCCAGACCUCUGCAGCAAAGAAUGUGAUGAGGCAGUGCCUUUCUGUGAGUCCCAAAAGAGGGUGACUAUGUUGACUGCCCCACUGGGAUUUUCAGUGCACUUAAGGUCUACAGAUAAGGAGUUUAUCUCUCUAGAAACCAGGAAGGACACUGGUUUAGGGCCCCCCUUGGUACCCAUGGGAGCUGAUGGAGGUCCAGAAGCCAGAGGGAAUCAGAGCCCCUGGAUGGGCCAUGGUUCUCCCCUGUCCCACAGCAGCAAGGCCACCCCUCUUCCAGCUACCGAAUUCAGGGGUCUAGCACUCAAAUACCUUCUGACUCCAGUGAACAUUUUCCGGGCAGGGUAUUCUUCCAGGAACUUUGACCAGCAAGUAGAAAAAUUCCAUAAACCUUUGCUGAAGUACAGACUGGAGAGUACAGAAUGACAACCUUGUCUGAGCCCACACUGCAGUUUUGAAGAUAGUAACUGAUGGCUGGUGGGAAAGAGUUUGUUUUGGGAACCUACUUUUCUAUCUUUAGAGGACCCUUAUGAGCCCACCCUGGAGUAGCACUUCCGAAAACUCGUUCACUGGGGUCCUCGUGCCUAUGGAAUCCUUCCUUUUAUAAUCGAUUAUGUUUAAGAAAUACUUCUUGCUAUAAAAUCUUUGGAGUAUGCAUGAACACAUUUUAGAAGACCUACAGUAACUUAAUCUGUUUAACCUUGUUUAACCCAAUAUUUCUCAAACUUGUGAACAAGCAUUUAUCUCUUUCUGCACCCACAUAAGAGGAUGUGGGUGCAGAAAGAGAUAGAGUCUGAAUCAAAAGAAACAGUUAUUCCUGUUGCUGUUUUGUGGUGUCAUGUGCCAUUCUCCAUGUCCCCGUCUCUCUCUUCUCAGAUCAAACUCCCUAGGUAGUUCUGUUUUUAAAAUUAUGAACUAUAGUGCUACAUGCUUCAAUCCUGAAUGUCACUGACUUCCCGUGACCUCCAUCCAAAUAAUUUCCUGUCUCUGCCUCUGGGAGAGAACAGGAAAAGAUGAAGAGGCCUUGGAACAGUAGUGAAAAUUUUACCUCCAUGUCCUUCUUGAGGAUGUGCAGUUAGUCAAGAACCCAGCUGAACGUCAAGGCUAUGGGUCUGAUGAGAUUGCUGGACCUGGAGGCCCUAUGUGGCUGAAACAGAGUUACAAAAGAUAAGAUGCGUUGUCAGAUAGUCCUCCAGUUCACAUAGCUGGGAUAUUUGCUGCUCCCCCACCCCUUGGAUUGAGUAGGGAGCCAGAGCACAUAGCCUGUUUGUUUCAGUAACCGAGGAAGAGACCAAGGAGCCAGCUGGCGGGAAGGAGUUGGGGUGUGCAGUCUGCCCUGUCCUGCUCAUAACCUGACAAAGUGCCAAACUAGUAAGCAGGAUAACUGAUACCACAGCUAUGAGGUAAUAGGCUUUAAGGGGGCGUGGACUUGUGGAGCUGGGUAUGUGGAUAAAAAACUGCUUCGGGAUGGAACCUUGAGCCCUAGCAAUGAAGAAGUUUCCGUUUCUUGUCAGGAUUCAAGAGUUUUCUGCUUUGAGAGAGAGAAAGUUUAGAAAGCAACUGCUCUUGGGAAAGCUGUACACAGCUCUGUUUUGUCAAUGACCUUUGUUGAAGUCUCCCAGGGUCCUAUUAGGAGCCACAGUAGGUGAGGCAUUUGGUGCAGCAGGAAACAUGGGCACUGCCUAGGCUUGAAUUUGUGGCACCCUGAGCCGUUGGUGAAAUUGUGGAGCCUAAUUCCUCAUCUGUAAAAUGGACUUGAGAUGACCAAAUUGAUAAAAUUCUCCUAGCUCAGUGUUUGCCUUAUGAUGGGUCUUUCGGAUGUUGGUUCUCUUUAGUUUCUGGUUCUUCAAAGAAAUUAUUCUGCACAUAGCAUAAGAAACUUUGAAAAUCAUAAAAAUAUAGAGAAAAAUUUUAAUUGUGGAUCAAUUGAUAUGCUUCUAGUUUUUUUCUGUGCAUGUAGAUGUAUUAAAUAUGUAAAUGCUUUUCAAAGUUGGGGUAAUACUGUGUAUUAUUUUAUAGCCUACAUUUUACUUUCUUAAUAUCUUAAGCAUUUUACUCAUUAGAUAUUAUUCAAAAAUGUCAUUUUUAAUAUUUUAUAAUACCUCAUCGAGUAUUCCUUAACUAAAUAAGCCAUUCCCAUAUUCAACAUUUUGUGUUGAAUUUUUAAAAUUGCAUAUAUUAUAAUGAACAAUCUUAUGCA